AUGCAUGAGGAGGAAAGCCAGUCUCCUGGGAAGGUGACCUCAAAAACUGAUUCACAGUCGACUGAAGAAGCACUCGAUCCUGAUGCUGCGGAUUUCCCUGGGACGAGUGAACCGACCAUGGAUCCCAGCGCGGGCGAAGAUCCCACUGAUGAGAGUCGUGAUGAAGUUUACUUCCGACCUCGAUCGGAGUCUCCCGAUGCGUUCCGUUCUGGUGGUCAUGCUUCUAAUCUGAAGUCUUAUGACAGUACAACGGAUGGGCAGCAGCAUAACGAAACUGCACCUACAAGCCCCGCUCAGAGAUUUGAGCAUACCUAUGAAAUCGAGGACUCUCGUGAUGAAGUUCGUAGUGAAAGUGGAGGUGUUCGAUCGCGAGGACGUGGGGCUCGUGGCAGAGGUAGAGGUGGAACCAGGCCAUGUAGUGGGAGCGCCACACCACUUGCCAACAGUCCGCUGGUUAACAAUGACAAGAAACGUGCUGGGCGUGGACGUGGCAGUAAACGUGCUCGUGGAUAUGGUUUAUCACGCGGUGGUGACAUUGUCGAGUCCGAAACGGGUAGCACAGUGGCGACAUCGACUGCUGAGGAUGUCUAUGAAUUCAAGAGCAGUCCGGAGAGCGAGUUUGUUCCAAAUCAACAGCCUGAAUUUGGGAAUCGUGAGGAGAGAGAACGGUCGGCACCUCCGAGUGCGAAACGACAACGUCUAACCGAAGCACGUCCUGAAAGUCACGCGGGAAGUGCUCAUUCAGGUAUAUAG